AUGGAUCCAGUUCCGUGGUUUGAUAAUUUCCUAUGGAACCAUGAUUUACUUAUGAUCAUGGGCUGUGAAUGGAGCAAGGCAACUGAAGGUGUAACAUUUCUAAGAAUGGCGCCAGGAAUCCGUAAAACUCAAAUUAUUUCAAAAGCUGCUCUACAAAGCAUGCUUAACCAAGCUACCAAGGAUAGCUCAACUGCUGCAUCAGCUCGUAUUGGAGUCAGAGAACAUUUUAACCAAUCAAAUGUGUCAUCUGCUGGAGUGACUGGAGCAAGUGGAACUACUGAAGUUCAUCAUGGUUCUUCCGGAGAAGGUGAUAAUACUACAACAAAUCACACUAAUGAGAGUGGCAUUCCACAAACCCUUGAAACUCCCAACCCAAAUCAGAAUUUGAAUGCAGCUGAAGGCUCAACUGGUAACCUUCAGGAUACAUCAGUCACAGUGGCUGUUAAUGUUAUUUUCGUCAUGUUGGACUUUGUUGCUUUUGCUCCACUACGACCACCCAGGUGCGCCGCGACACCAUCACCAUCAUCUCGUCAUCUCCUCCUCCGCCAUCCUCCGAACGAGCGCAGACCAAUCGCCGGCGAGCCCCUCCGCCGCGCAGUCUCUGCAAAAUCUGACGCCGCGAGCCUCCCGCCGGCGAGUAUCCUCCGAGUGGACCUGCGAAUUUCGAUCAGAACCAGCCGCGAGCCCUCUGCGACGAGACCCCAGCAACGCCACGACCCGCUCUCCUCCCACGCCUUGAGUCGCUGCCCAGCGCCGCCUCCAUCUCGCGAAGAAUUCCGGCGACCCUUGUUCACGCGUGAAUUGCGGCUUCCGGCGAACCCUGUCACGACCAGACGCGGCGACCAGACGCGGCGACCAGCCUCUUCCUCAUAUAUUCACCGGCCAGCGGUGGCUCUUGGCCGCGCGAAUUUCGGCGGACAACCUCAAUGGCAACGACGGGGGCGGGGAGUAUUCGGGGACCUCAAUUCCCAGAAUAUUGAGUUCGAAGAAAAAAACAAAACCAUUCGAAACGGAGAUGGAGAGGGACGAAGAUGA